AUGAACGAACGGAGUGCCUUGUGCAUUGUCGCAUCGCUUCUUCUCGUAUUUGGCCUUUUACGACCGACCUGCUGUGAAUUCGUGGUAAAAGAACUUGCAGAACCUCGACGGUACAUUGACUUGCUCGAUGGAGAUCUCGAUGUCGACUUCGAAGAACCUCUACCCGAGAAGGACAACGUUGAUUUUUUGUUCGUGCGAUUGGAUCCGGCAUACGGAUCGCCAUUCAAGCGAAUUCCCCCAACAGAUUCAGGCAGCAAUGACUCUCUGGCCUCAAAUUUAGUUCUUCCAUCGGGCGCCAACUUCCCUUGGUAUUCCCUAGCCGGCGUGUCCAUCCCACUAACUCCCGCUGAGGCCCAACAGUGUCCUUGGAAUUCUUCUGCUUGCCCACGACGUGAAACCUACCUCCGGUUCGAUUUCCUCCACGUAGAAGAUAUCGACAGUGGGGCUAGAGUUCCUGGUGCUAUCAAUCUGGUCUCAGUAAUUCCCAAUCUUCAUGUGGAUUUUGAGCCCGAUUCCGGCAUCGUUCGGGCAACCUGGAGAGACCACGUUGUCUCAGAAGCCAAACUGCCUUCAAGCAUUUCCGACUGGACUACUGUGGAGGUUCUGGUGAAACCGGGAACUAGCGAAAUGGAUUUAGAAGUUUCCACCCCUGAAGGUGAACUGCAAUUAGGCGUUCCGAGGAUGUUUGCUGGUCCACUGGCAUCACCCACGUCUCGACCUGCUGUGGAAAUCACUGUUGGACCCUCAAGUGGUGCCAGCCGAAAGGUCCUGACCUCUGUUAAUGUCAUCGAGGAUGUGCCCCUUCGACGAUCAAGGAGAGACACCUACUCCUACAGCCGCGGAACCAACGUCUCUGCCCUCAAUUUUGAAGGCACCAACGGAUUCGUACGCUACAACUUCAGGAACAGGAUUCGAUCAUUGCGACCGGACGGUGACGUCGGUAGGGAAGAGGUGGCUCUUGAUUUUGUCAUGAAGCCCGGGGUUACGUCAGGUCUGCUGUGGUUUGCCGAGGGCCCCAAUUCAAAGAGCUUCAUAAUCAUCAAGGACUCGAAACUCUACUACAAGUACAUCGCAUACGACGAGACACUUGGAGCGAAGCGGACUCUGAUUGAGGAGGUGGUGAUCAAUGAGUCGAUCGGACCUGGAAAGACGCAUCGCCUGCGAUUGAAACGCUACGACGACAUUCUCAGCCUGAGUCUCGGUACUCAACAGACAUUCAAGAAAAUUGUCUCCGGCAAGGCACCGCUGAUUCCAGAGAACGGUAUCGUCUACAUUGGUGGCUCGGCCAACGCCGAGGUUGCCACUGAUGGCGAAGUUUCACGCAAUUUCGAUGGACGUGUCACUGGAGCGAGGAUCACGCAAGAGGGUUCAGGGAUCUCAAAUCUGAACAUGCUAGAUCUCAUUCGAGAUCCGGAGUGGACGCGUGAUGUGUUGCGUCAGGGUAACGUAGAAUACGAGUACCAUAUGCCCUUCCGACCACCGACCAGACCCUUCCACUCGCCUCUCGCGCCGACGGCUUCAACCAGGAACCACGCGGGCAUCACCUUGCACACCUCCCCGAUGCCCGUCACCUUUAUGGGCACCCAGUCCUCUGUCGUGCGCUUCGACACCUGGGACUUCUCGGUGUUCCACUCCUUCGAAAUCGAAUUCCGCACAUUCGAGCCCAAUGGGGUUCUGUUCUUUGUGGGACCGGAUCGCGAGCACACCGACUUCGUGUGCGUGGAAAUCUUCGACGGGAAUGUGUACUUCGCCUACGGCAUCGGCGACCACUACCGCCACAUCCAGCUGAACCCUGACACGCGUAAAGUCAACACUGGAACCGCUCAUCGCGUCUACGUGGAACGAACCCCACAGCACCGCUUUAUUGUAAAGUACAAUGGAAAGGAAGUCGACGUGGACCAGGGCACGGUGCGACACCAGGCCGAGUUCUCCAGCUACACCUACUUCGGCAGCAUCGACCAGCCGUCUCGUUUUCCGUGGGUUGUCUGGUCCAGAGAGAACUUCGCUGGAUGCAUCAACUUCAUUCGCAUCAACGACGACAAAUUCCUGGAUCCAGCAUCACGAAUGAAUCAGCACACCGAUUUGAGCCGCGGAAUUCAGUUCGGCGUGUGCAAAGCCCCCGAUCUACGAUGUAACCGGGAAAUCUGCGGUGGAGGCCAAUGCCACGAGCGCUCGUACCCCUUCUUCGAGCCGAUGAAUUUUGCCUGUGACUGUUCUGCCUCGGACAAGACGUUCAGGGAGGGCGUGGAAGACAUCAGACGGUCGGAAGCCUGCAACAGAGAUGCACCGAUUGUCGAUUUUGACGGCGAGACCGUGCUGAUGAUCGAUUUUGAGCGACAGAUGAACACCCUGACAACUCACACGGACGACAUCAACCUUCAGUUCAAGACAGAGAGCCUGUACGCGCCCCUUUUUGUUGCGGUUUCCACAGCUGAGAAGCAGUACUUCCGGGUGGAACUUGAAAACGGCCUCAUUAAAGUCAGCACCAACAUGAACAAGGCCAGCAAACCACCCCGAGAUGCCGAAUUUUUGCUGAAAAGCCCUAGGUUGAACGACAACACUUGGCAUACAUUGCGGAUUCGACGACGUGCCCAAUUCCUUUACAUAAGCGUUGACAAUGCAAGUGUGCUAAUCGUGGAGAUACCCAAGGGUGUCUUCAACAACAUCGCUCAGCAGAUCUACGUCGGUGGCUCGAUGCCCGAGAACUACGCUAGCCCGCCCUACGGCAACAUGGCUGGUUUCCUGCCGAAGGGCACUAAGUUUGUCGGUGAGAUGCGCAACUUCUACUGGAAUCAGUACGAUUUCUUCGGCACCCGCAAGCUCAUCACCCACUACACCACGGAUGUGCUCACGCCACGACUGGAACUGCCACCGUUUCCAAGUUGGCCUCGUGAACCCAUCUACUCCAUCACGUGCACGUCGAAGCUGGAGUGGGGCACCAUCACGGUUCCCAUGAAGGCCAAGGAGGCGGGUGACAUGUGGCUGUUGGAGUUCAAGACCAAGUACGACGGCGUUCUUCUCCAUGCCAGGGAUGACAGCACCGGAUCGCACUUCACACUGAUGAUCCUUAAAGGGCGCCUUCAUCUGAUUUAUUCCAUUGGUGGAGUCACUGGAGUGCAUGAGAUUAUCAACAGUCCAAUCACCAUCUCCGACAACCGCUGGCACCGCGUCACUUUCGGCCUCGACCGCAUAAAAGGACGCAUCGUUGUCAUUGUGGACGAUUCAGCUCCUGAGACCGUCAAGGUGUUUACCCUUGCGCCUUAUAUUUCCCCACAACGGAUGUUUGGUCACCGUCUUCAACACAACACCCUAAACACACUCACAUUCCACUUUGGCGGGGUUCCGAACAUUUGGACCAAGAUUCUGGAGAUAAUACGGCUCUACGCUCCGACCUCACUACCCCCUGGAUACGAGACGCGUCCCCCGGCACUAACUGGCUGCCUCGGUGGCUUCAGCACGCGCACAGAUCGAUUUUUGGUCGAUUUGUUAAAAAAGUUUGAUGCCCAACUGGAGAGCUAUCCCAGUGGCGAAAUUAUUCGUGGUUUUUGUAGAGACCUGGUUCGUUGCAGUCCAGACUACUGUCUGAAUGGAGGCGUCUGCUUCAAGGUCAGCGACACGGUGCUACGCUGCAACUGCACCAACACGGGCUACACUGGUUCACGCUGUGAAAAUCGCAUCACUACGUGCCCCCCGAACUACUGCCUCAACGGCGGCGUCUGCUCGCUAGGCGGUAACAAUCCUGUCUGCUCGUGCAAGGGCACCGGUUACUAUGGCGACCGUUGUGAAAUGUCCAUCUGCACUCCCGACUACUGCCUCAACGGCGGCAUCUGCAGUGUUGAGAACGACCGGCCGGUUUGCAACUGCGUCAACACCGGCUACGGCGGCGCGCGCUGCGACUCCGCCGUCUGUCCACCGAACUACUGCCUCAACGGUGGAAGGUGCGUAGUGCAGGCUGGACGACCGGUCUGCGACUGCUCUGGAACCGCCUACGAAGGCCAGCUCUGCGAACGCCCUAUCUGCAGACCCGGGUACUGUCGAAAUGGCGGAGUUUGUCGCGUCCAGAACGGACGACCAGUCUGCGAUUGUUCGGGCACGGGAUAUGAUGGCCAGAUUUGUGAGAAUCCCAUUUGCAGACCUGGAUACUGCCAGAACGGAGGGCUCUGCGUCAUUGAAGGUGGUCGACCAAUUUGCGACUGCAGAGGAACGGGCUACGACGGUCCACUGUGUGACCAGCCCAUCUGCCGCCCCGGGUACUGUCGAAAUGGCGGUGUCUGUCUUGUGCAGAAUGGACGACCAGUUUGCGACUGUUCGGGCACGGGAUAUGAUGGCCAGAUUUGUGAGAAUCCCAUAUGCAGACCUGGAUACUGCCAGAACGGAGGACUCUGUGUCAUUGAAGGUGGUCGGCCAACUUGUGACUGCAGAGGAACGGGCUACGACGGCCCACUGUGUGACCAGCCCAUCUGCCGACCCGGGUACUGUCGAAAUGGCGGUGUCUGUCUUGUGCAGAAUGGACGACCAGUUUGCGACUGUUCGGGAACGGGAUAUGAUGGCCAGGUUUGCGAGAAUCCCAUUUGCAGACCUGGAUACUGCCAGAACGGAGGGUUAUGUCUCGUUGAAGGUGGUCGACCGAUUUGCGACUGCAGAGGAACAGGUUUCGGAGGCGCGCUCUGCGAUCAGCCGCUGUGUCCACCGGGAUACUGCCAGAAUGGAGGCCGCUGUCUUAUCCAAAAUGGACAACCUGUGUGUGACUGCACUCUAACCGGAUUCCAGGGACGCUACUGUGAACAGCCAAUUUGCCGUCCAGACUUCUGCCUCAACGGAGGCCAGUGCAUUGUCCAAGGUGGAAGGCCUGUCUGCGAUUGCCGUGGAACUAACUUCGAGGGAACAAAUUGCGAGACCCCAGUCUGUCGCCCUGGAUACUGCAUGAACGGUGGUCAGUGCACCAUUGUCAACGGACGUCCAACUUGUGACUGCUCCAACACCGGCUACGGUGGACCUCUGUGCGAACAGCCGGUCUGUAGGCCUGGAUUUUGUCUCAACGGUGGACGCUGCAUUGUGCAGAACGGACAGCCGAUUUGCGAUUGCAGGGGUACCGGGUUUGUGGGACCGCAUUGCGAGCAGACUGUCUGCAGACCGGACUACUGCAUGAACGGGGGACGCUGCGUCGUGCAGAAUGGUGCGGCCACUUGCGACUGCACGAACACGGGCUACGGUGGACCGCUGUGCGAACAGCCAAUCUGUCCAGAUGGCUACUGCCUCAACGGUGGCCGAUGCACGGUGCAGAAUGGACGUCCAGUCUGCGAUUGCUCCGGAACCGACUACAGAGGCGACCGCUGUGCUCACCCCAUCUGUCCACCCAACUUCUGCUUGAACGGCGGCACCUGCUAUGUUGUCGACGGCAAUCCUAGGUGCAAUUGCACCGGGCUCAAUUUUGCUGGUGACAGAUGUCACUAUCCCAUAUGUCCUGUGGGCUAUUGCAUGAACAACGGUCGGUGUUUUAUUCGACCCGGCGCGACCACUCCGGAGUGCGACUGCACUGGAACUGGUUUCGUCGGUGACCGCUGCAGUCAGCCCGUCUGCCCGGAGGGCUACUGCCAGAACGGGGGCAUUUGCCACGCCCUGCCGAACGGUCUGCCCUUCUGCGACUGCUCCUACACCUCCUACACUGGCGACAAAUGCGAGACGCCCAUCUGCCCGCCCAACUACUGCUCCGGGCGCGGAACGUGUCGCGUGGAGAACGGACGGCCUGUGUGUGACUGUCAACUGCAAUACUGGGGACCGCAAUGCCAGCUGGACGUCUGCACGACUGGAUUCUGUCACCACGGAGGCACGUGCUACCCCGGGCCAGACAGACGACCGCACUGCCGCUGUCCUGAGGGCUAUGAGGGGGAUCAGUGCGAGAUACCCAAGACCUGUCCCCCGGGAUACUGCUACCACGGUGGAGAGUGCACUAUGCAAGGUGGAAUGCCCGUCUGCAACUGUAUUAACACAGAUUACCAGGGAACACGCUGCGACGUGCCAAAGACCUGUCCACCUGGAUACUGUCGCAACGGCGGUCAGUGCACGGUGGCUGGUGGAAAGUACAUCUGCAAUUGCCUCGGCACUGGCUUCCAGGGACCGACCUGUAGUGAUCCAGCUGCUUGUCCGCCGGGUUACUGCCACGGCGGGAUUUGCACCGUGUUACCUGGCGGUAGGUAUGUUUGCAGCUGCUGGAAAACAGGCCUCAGUGGACCCAGAUGCGAUGGCGAUGUGAACGGCAUCUACAUCGACUACGAGAAGACUGGUUACAUGGUGUAUGAAUUGAAACCCCCACUGAAGACAAAAGAAGACAACAUCACCGUGGGAUUCAAGACCUACGCACAGUCUGGAACCAUUCUGGAUUUCGUUACCACGACAGGGGUCCGAUGGGGCAUCAAACUGCGCAACGGACACAUUGUUGUGGACAGGAACGGCCAGGAGUACAUGUAUCCAAACCUAGUCAACGACGGCGCCUACCACGUGGUUACGGUUGAACGCAAGGGCGAGAGCAUGUUAGUCACUCUCGACAACGAUCAGCUCGUGAACCUGCCAAUGACGGGUAUCACCGACAGAAGCGACCAGAGCAUCACCUACACCACCCUCUUUGUUGGAGCUAAUAGAAAUAGGGAGGACAUCUUCCGUGGCGCCAUCGGUGGUCUCUAUUGGAACGGACGAUACCCAAUCGAUGAAGCGAAAGGCGGCCUCCAAGUCAUCACCGGUGAAGUCAUUUACGUCCUCCUGCCCAGCUUCAUCCUCCCAGGCCAGAAACCCAAGCCAACCUGCCCCCCUGAUUACUGCUUCAACGGUGGCAUCUGCUACGUCGACAACUAUGAACUCAAAUGCGACUGCCGCAACACCGGCUGGCAAGGCUCCAGAUGCGAAAAACCUACACGUGGCUACAUCCCUGCGGUUUCUGGCAACGGCGCCUACAUCAUCAUACCGAUAGUUCCACCCAAGCGGACGAAUCUCGACCGCAUGAGGAUCGCCUUCCAGACCUACACGGCCGAUGGACCGAUUGCUCGCUUCAUGUCGCAGGAUGGUCGAUUUUACGAGAUUUACAUGAAGGGACAACAGGUGUUUGUGUCGAAUAGCAAGGACGAUAUCCGAUUGAUCAGCGCACCCUAUCAGCAAUGCGAUGACGGGAAGAUGCAUGUUGUCACGUUGCUACGCAACGGAAGCCGAUUCGAUUGGACCGUCGAUGGCCAUCGAACCGUCUUUGACGACAUCUCUCUUGUGGAUUCAAAAGGCGCUUUGAUCACAGAUGAAAUAGUCCUCGGUGCUGACCGUAAAUUCAAGUACACAUUCAACGGUGUUCUUGGAGCGUUUGACUGGAACGGUCGAAUGCUCGUGAGUGAUAACGGCGAACUGUCGAGUGGAUCCAACGUGAUGAUAGUGCCAGGAAGAGGACCCGGGGACAAGGACGACGUGGUCAUCGUUCUGAUGCCGCACUUCUUGCAGCCUCCCGUCCCCACCACAGUCGCACCCCCACUACCCUUCCCCACCGCGCUGCCUGGUCAUGGUGUCCACGGCGGCGCGAUUGUCGGCGGUCCUGGAGGCGGCGGCCCACUGGUCGUUCCGCCUAUUGGCUACGGAGACGGCGCUGGCGGUGUGUUCGCGGGCAGCGGACCGCUGCUCUUGCAGGCUGGCGGUGCCGGCAUCUUCGGUCUGAUCAACCCCUGGCUGGCCGGCCUCCUAGUCUGCCUCCUCCCGCUCAUCUCGGCGCUGAUUUGGGCGUGUUGGCGCUGCAAGCCCGGAUGCUGCCCGUGCUGUGUGGGUGCGGGCAAAGGCGCUGGCGGUAAGUUCCACGACACCAUGGACCGUCUCUCUGCUGGACUGUGGGCUGCUCCAACUGACAAAGAUCUCAUAGGUAAGACUGCUCACCAAGGCAACUUCCACCCCGUUCCGCCUGGUGGCGCCUCGCUCUUUACAACCGGCGGCCAGUCAAAAUCGGGCUACGUCUUUGGUCAGGACAGACACGUGGACAUCACUGAUAGAUAUGACAUGACUAUGAUGGACCAGCACAUGGAAGGCAUUCCUAACGUCUACACCACCGACGACCUUAAAGUCGACUGCUGCGUUCUCACUCAGAACAGCCGAUAUGUCGUAACUGGAUCUGCCAGCGGACCGCCGCAGGUUUGGGACAUGCAGACUGGCGAGCCAUACAAGGUGAUGAACGGCGACGAGCUGGGAUGCAGCGAUCUCCAUCUGGCAGUUAACGACACCCUUCUAGUUGGUCAGGUUAUUGAAGACUUCCAGUCAGCCGAAACUACGAAGAUGCAUCGCCUUCAGCUGUGGAACUUCGUGACUGGCGAGCAGUUGGAGAUGCCUGCUGAAAUACUCUGCUCGGCCAGCUGUGUAUCGAACGCCGGCGAGCACAUCGUUGCUGCUCGCGCAACUCCACAAGGCCAAUCGAUCCUGGUCUGGGAUCUUGUUGGUAACCAAUUGACGCGCGAGAUCCACUAUAUCCCUAUCAACAGCAAGGCCCGUGUUUCCUACAUUAAUAUCACACCCGAGGACAGAUUUGUUGUAGCUGGCUUCAACAAUCCGGGCACCGACCAAGCCUACUUCAUGGUAUUCGAUUUGGCUGCCGAGACUAGCGGAGUGGUUCAGCCAAAGUACAUCACCUUCGACGCAAAGGCCGAAGCCACGGAGAUCCUAAACAAUGACGAGGCUGUGACAGGCACGCGCAAGGGCGAACUGAUCGUGUGGAACUUGCUCACUAAAAUGCCGGUCCGUCAGUUUAGCAUCAACGCGACCCUUGAGGGCGACACAGGCAUCACCACCUUCCCACCGCACGACGGUAUCAUCCACGACGUGACUCUGUCUGAGGACCGGCGUUUCUUGGUCACGGCGUCCCAGGAUAGACGAGUUCGUGUCUGGAACAUGCCGGAGGAACGACUACUCCACACCCUUGAAGGCCACGCCGAUGAUGUGUUGAGUGUUGUCGUGUCAUGCGACAGCGAGAUGGUGGUGUCUGGAAGCUGGGAUGGAUCGAUUCGCGUCUGGCGCAUCAAAGACGGCUCCCAGAUGUGCUGGUUCACCUCCAACAUCGAAGUCCUUCAGGUGAAACUCUCACGCGACAAGCGAGCCAUUGUCGGCUUGGGUGAACGCAACGGCCACCGCAAACUCAUCAUGAUGCAAAUCAUCCGUAACCGAACCUGCGCUCCGGCGGUCUACACCCGUUCCCCCGGCCUAUCGCCUUCCUCCCCCAUGCAGGACGACAUGCUACCUUGA